AAUAAUAGUAAUAUUAGAACAAUGGGAUACAAUUCUGUGUCCCUAAUAGUAACAAGCCUGCUCGUGGUGAUUACAUCGCCGGUGGUUUUCGCUAACGAUGCAGCACCAAUUCCGCAGAACAAAGGCGGAAUCGAGCAGUGGUUCAACACCAACGUCCCGUCGUUGGCUAGUAGAAAAAGUACAUUAGAUCCAGCUCUAUUGGCCGCUGAGGCUAAGCCACGUAUCAUCAAGGUGGAACAAAAUGGAAGAGGCCAUUUUAAGACAAUAACCGAAGCGAUAAAGAGUGUACAGGCAGGGAACACUGGGCGUGUGAUCAUCAAGGUAGGUCCUGGUGUAUACAAAGAGAAGGUCACAAUAGAUAGAAACAAGCCCUUCAUCACACUGUACGGUCAUCCAAAUGCAAUGCCGGUAUUGUCAUACGACGGUACCGCAUUACGAUAUGGGACAGUCGAUAGCGCAACUCUCAUUGUCUUGUCCGACUAUUUCAUGGCUAUUUCAAAAGUUAAGCACAUCAAGAACCCUGAUGGUAUUAGUAUCCAUGCCCUUCGGAAACACAUGUAGUCUCAGAGACUCUGUGGACUCUAGUGAAGUGCUUGCACAUGAGUUGGGUGGUGUCGUGAACUGAACCAAGACUUCACCAAACACAGCCUAACAUUUACACAGAUCCUUUCUCUUUUUUUUUUCUCCUGACUCCGUUUAACUCCAAUCUUUCUGUUAGGGACGUUAAGUCCAAGCUCAUAAUAGAGGCUGCAAACCAUCCAACAGAUCCAGAAGCAGACCAGGAUAGGAAUUUUAUUACUCUGUUUUCUGUUCUGAUAUGUUACUCAAAC